CCGCCCCCCGCGCGUGACCAGGCCCCGCCCGCCGCGCGGUCACUUCCUGGUCCGCUUCCUGCUCCCGAGGCCGCCGCGGAGGGUCGGAGCCCGAGGCCGGAGCCGCAGUCCCGGCGCCGACAUGUCCUUCCGGAAGGUGGUUCGGCAGAGCAAGUUCCGGCACGUGUUCGGGCAGCCGGUGAAGAACGACCAGUGCUACGAGGACAUCCGUGUGUCCCGCGUCACCUGGGACAGCACCUUCUGCGCCGUCAACCCCAAGUUCCUGGCGGUGAUCGUGGAGGCCAGCGGUGGGGGCGCCUUCCUGGUGCUGCCCCUCAGCAAGACGGGCCGCAUCGACAAGGCCUACCCCACCGUGUGCGGGCACACGGGGCCCGUCCUGGACAUUGACUGGUGCCCCCACAACGACGAGGUCAUCGCCAGCGGCUCCGAGGACUGCACGGUCAUGGUGUGGCAGAUCCCGGAGAACGGGCUGGUCUCCCCGCUGACGGAGCCGGUGGUGGUGCUGGAGGGGCACACCAAGCGCGUGGGCAUCGUCACCUGGCACCCCACAGCCCGCAACGUGCUGCUCAGCGCAGGCUGCGACAACGUGGUGCUCAUCUGGAACGUGGGCACCGCGGAGGAGCUGUACCGCCUGGACAGCCUGCACCCCGACCUCAUCUACAACGUCAGCUGGAACCACAACGGCAGCCUCUUCUGCUCCGCCUGCAAGGACAAGAGCGUGCGCAUCAUCGACCCCCGCCGUGGCAGCCUGGUGGCGGAGCGGGAGAAGGCCCACGAGGGGGCGCGGCCCAUGCGGGCCAUCUUCCUGGCCGACGGCAAGGUGUUCACCACGGGCUUCAGCCGCAUGAGCGAGCGGCAGCUGGCUCUCUGGGACCCGGCAAACCUCGAAGAGCCCAUGGCCCUGCAGGAGCUGGACUCGAGCAACGGGGCCCUGUUGCCCUUUUACGACCCGGACACCAGCGUGGUCUAUGUGUGCGGCAAGGGCGACUCCAGCAUCCGGUACUUCGAGAUCACCGACGAGUCCCCGUACAUCCACUUCCUGAACACGUUCACCAGCAAGGAGCCGCAGAGGGGCAUGGGCAGCAUGCCCAAGCGCGGCCUGGAGGUCAGCAAGUGCGAGAUCGCCCGGUUCUACAAACUGCAUGAGCGCAAGUGUGAGCCCAUUGUCAUGACUGUGCCAAGAAAGUCCGACCUCUUCCAGGACGAUCUGUACCCGGACACGGCGGGGCCCGAGGCGGCCCUGGAGGCGGAGGAGUGGGUGAGCGGGCGGGACGCAGACCCCAUCCUCAUCUCCCUGCGGGAGGCCUACGUGCCCAGCAAACACCGGGACCUGAAGGUCAGCCGGCGCAACGUGCUCUCCGACAGCCGGCCCGCCGCGGCCCCCGCCCCCGCCGCCCCCGCCGGCCCGGCCGCCCCCAGCAGCAGCCUCGCGGGAGCCGGGGAGGCGGCGAAGCUGGAGGAGGUGACGCAGGAGCUGCGGGCGCUCAGAGCGCUGGUCAAGGAGCAGGGGGAGCGGAUCGGCCGCCUGGAGGAGCAGCUGGGCCGCAUGGAGAACGGGGACGCCUAGGACCACCGGCCUCAGGCCACCGCCGCCAUGCCCUCCUCACCGCCCGCCACCCGCUCCUCACCAGCUCUGCUGUCAGGUCACACUGCUGGCUGGCUGUCCCUGCCCCCCGCUGAGGGCCUCUGGGGCAGGUUCAAGGGCCAGUCCACACCCUCACCCGUCCUGGGGCCCAGGCUGGAGCUGCCUGGCUUUUGUCAUUGUUACCGUGGAGGAUUUUUGUACCAACACAAGCUUACACUCUGAGGGACCACCUCCCACUCCCACCCAGCCCCGCUCCCUCCCUGAGGAGGAGGGGGGAUGGGCUCUAUAUUUUCAUUCCAAAUAAAAGUCUCUUUCUAAAA